CCAGCUUCUUCUCGCUUCCCUUUCCCUCCGCUGCCACAGCCCAGCGACACAAGCGGUCUGAGGGAGCGCGCGGCGCAGCCCUGAGCCUCCUCUGCCUCGACGAAGGGAGACGGCUGUGGCAGCAGCUGCGAUAAAAGCCGAGGAAGAGGAGGAAGAGAAGAAGAAAGCGCGUCCUGCUCCACCGGGUUGCCGAGAGGAUGAGACAGUGCUGGGAGUGGGCGCUGCUCCUGUGCGGGGUCGGCAGUCUCCUCGCCGCCAAAGUAAACAAGCACAAGCCAUGGAUUGAAACAUCUUAUCAUGGAGUUAUUACUGAAAACAAUGACACAGUCAUUUUGGAUCCUCCACUGGUUGCUUUGGACAAAGAUGCCCCUGUUCCAUAUGCAGGUGAAAUCUGUGCUUUUAAAAUCCAUGGACAGGAAAUGCCCUUUGAAGCUGUGGUGCUAAACAAGACAUCUGGAGAAGGUCGUCUUCGAGCAAGAAGUCCAAUUGACUGUGAACUGCAGAAGGAGUACACAUUCAUCAUCCAGGCAUAUGACUGUGGCGCAGGGCCUAGUGGAACAAACUGGAAGAAAUCUCACAAGGCUGUGGUCCAUAUCCAGGUAAAGGAUAUGAAUGAAUUUGCACCAACUUUUAAAGAAACAUCCUAUAAGGCUACUGUGACAGAGGGAAAGAUCUAUGACAGUGUAUUGCAGGUGGAAGCCAUAGAUGAGGACUGUUCUCCUCAAUACAGCCAGAUAUGCAAUUAUGAAAUUGUCACAACAGACGUUCCAUUUGCCAUUGAUAGGAAUGGGAAUAUCAGAAAUACUGAGAAGCUGAGUUAUGACAAACAGCGUCAGUAUGAGAUAAUGGUAACGGCUUUUGACUGCGGGCAAAAACGUGCAACUGAAGAUGUGUUGGUACGAGUUGAAGUCAAGCCUGUAUGUAAGCCUGGAUGGCAAGACUGGAGUAAGCGUAUUGAAUACAAGCCUGGUUCUGGGAGUAUACCGCUAUUUCCUAGCAUUCACCUGGAGACUUGUGAUGGACCUGUUUCUUCUAUUCAGACCACCAUUGAAUUGCAGACUAACUACAUUGGAAAGGGCUGUGAUCGUGAGACAUACUCUGAAAAAUCCCUGCAAAAAUUAUGCGGGGCGUCAUCAGGUGCCAUUGACUUGUUACCAACUCCCAGUGCAGCAACUAACUGGACAGCUGGUCUUCUGAUAGACAGCAAUGACAUGAUUUUUAAAUUUGAAGGGAAACAAGGAGCCAAAAUCCCUGAUGGAAUAGUACCAAAGAAUCUAACAGAUCAGUUUACCAUCACCAUGUGGAUGAAACAUGGCCCAAGUCCAGGAUUAAGAGCAGAGAAAGAAACUAUUCUGUGCAAUUCAGAUAAGACAGAAAUGAAUCGGCACCACUACGCACUAUAUGUGCACAAUUGUCGCCUUGUGUUCCUGUUGCGAAAAGAUUUUGACCAAGCUGAUACCUUCCGUCCUGCAGAAUUCCACUGGAAGCUCGACCAGAUUUGUGAUAAAGAAUGGCACUACUACGUUGUAAAUGUUGAAUUCCCAGUAGUUACUUUGUAUAUGGAUGGUACAACGUACGAACCUUACCUUGUAACGAAUGACUGGCCUAUUCAUCCAUCACACAUAGCAAUGCAACUUACUGUUGGCGCUUGUUGGCAAGGAGGUGAAGUCUCUAAACCCAGAUUUGCUCAGUUUUUCCAUGGCAGCCUUGCCAGUUUAACCAUCCGACCAGGCAAAAUUGAGAGUCAGAAAGUGAUUUCCUGUUUGCAAGCCUGCAAGGAAGGUUUGGAUAUUAACUCUCUGGAGAGUCUUGGCCAAGGACUAAAGUAUCACUUCAAUCCUUCCCAGUCAGUACUUGUAAUAGAAGGAGAUGACAUUGUGAAUAUAAAUCAAGCUCUCCAAAAGGUCUCCUAUAUCAACUCAAGACAGUUUCCAACUUCAGGCAUUCGCCGUCUUAAAGUCUCAUCCAAAGUCCAAUGUUUUGGUGAAGAUGUCUGCAUUAGUAUCCCAGAUAUAGAUGCCUAUGUAAUGGUGUUUCAGGCCAAGGAGCCCAAGAUUACAAUAAGUGGGAUGGAUCAUUUUGCAAGACCGGCUGCACAAUUUGAACAAGAAAGAGGCGUGAUUCUUUUGCCGGAUAUCAGAAUUGUCAGCACAGUCACUAAAAUGGAACACCCUCCUGACUUGACGGAAACUGAAGAUAGAGUCCAUAAACCAGUUACCUUAGAAGAAAUGCACCAUAACUUGGAUUUUUGUGACAUUUUGGUAAUUGGAGCAGAACUGGACCCCACACAUGAGUGUUUAGAACUGGAUCGGACAGAACUUCAAGGAAAACACUUGGAUGCUACAAACUCCACAGCAGGGUAUUCAAUAUAUGGUGUGGACACAAUGAGAAACUACGCACAAGUCUUGCGACAGUUACGCUAUCGUAAUUGGCACACAUCUUCCUUCUUUGACAGGAAGUUUAGAAUCAAGUGCUCAGAACUUAAUGGACGUUAUACCAGCAAUGAAUUUAAUUUAGAGGUUAAUAUUCUGCAUAGCUCCAACUCCAAUACCAUGGAAUAUGUAAAUCAUAUGGUAAUACAGCCUCAGUUUCUCCAAUCUAUUCAUCACCCAGAGGAAAGCAUAAACAGUCUUCAUGGCUCAGUUCUUCCAAGUGUGGCUACUAUUGUCAUAGUCAUUUGUGUCAGUAUCUUAGUCUUCAUAAUAGCUUUGGGGGUAUAUAGAAUUCGAGCAGCUUACAAGCACAGCUCAAAGGAGAGUGAAAGUAGUAAAGAAAAUGAAAUGGACUGGGAUGAUUCAGCUCUGACCAUCACUGUCAAUCCUAUGGAGAAAUAUGAGGAACCUCGUCGUAUACAAGAAGAAAGCGAAGAGGAGGAAGAGGAAGAGGAAGAUACAACCAGCGCUGAAUCAGAUGAAAGUGAAGAGGAAGAAGAGGAGGAGGAGGAGGAAGAAGCAGCAGCAGCAGCAGCUAUCAGAAAUAAAGGAGACAAACAAAAUGCAACCAGGCAAGAUCAGCUGGAGUGGGAUGAUUCAACACUACCCUACUAGAAACCCUUAGUUUUAUUGCUCCUUUUGUAUACACCAAUACUGUGUAUUUCUGAGUCAAUCCUACUGCGUCAACCCCAUCUUGGAUCUAUGAGUUAAUUGGCAGGAUUUAACUCUGUUGACUUCAGAUGAUCGAACUGCAUUGCCUGAAUUUGAUGUAGUUGUAUCAAACUGCUCCAGAUAGUUAUUCCUUUCCUAGUGUAUGGGUAAUGGCACCUGGUAAAAGCACAGGGUACAACCGUUUAUGUCUCACCUGUGAUAACACCAACCUGACGCCAUAUGUUCCUUACCACUUCUCCCUUUCCAGGAAACUCCAAUAUCUUCUAAAUAAGAAUAUGCAAAAGUCCUGUUUGUCAGUCCAUGAAGGAUACACUUCACCUUUUCUUUUUCUAUUUAAGUGAAUUCUGAGAGUCCAGGUAGACAUACCCCCUUUCUGGGUUUCAUUCGACUUCGGUUAAGAAUCCUACAUUCAGAAGGAAAAAUGUAGGUGCUACUCAUUAGGGCAACGUUACUUCGCUCUCAUUUCCACUGUUCUGUUUUAAUUAAUUGCCUUCUGCAAGAGGGAUUCAGAGUACUUUAAACUGGGUAUGUGGGUGUAUGGGUGACACACACCCAAACACACACAGGAAUGGAUAAUCAGUUUCACUGCUAAUGUUCAAACUCGGCAGGUGGAAAGUCCUUAUCCAAUCCACCUACUCAUACUCAACUAAUGCCUGGUAAAAUCCUAUAAGCUGAUAUCUUUGCAUGUGAUGACUUUUCCCUCUAUCACACAGUUGAACCAAUGUUAUAUCAUGCAAAAUAUAGGUUUGACUGGAGUGUUACUUGGGUUAAGACCUUUGCUUCUGAUUUACACAGAAAAUCUAUUCUCUGCACUGUAAAUCAUUACUUUGUUGAUAUACCUUAUGGCAGCAUUAUACAAUAGCUGGGCUUGGCUGAGAUUUAGACAAGUGCUGUUGUAUGGAUCUAAACAUGUAACCUAGGGGAAUUUUUCCCUAGCACAUAUUAGAAAGAAAGCCCCUGAUUUUAUUUCUGCAGUUAGAACUGGUAUAUUCUGUUUUCUGCCGAAAUAUAUCGGGCACCAAGCAAACAAGGCUACAGCUGAAAGGUCUCUCAUCUGAACCCCAGACUGGUUUCAUUUUUGUUGUUGAAGGGGAGGCAUGUUUGGAAAGUGCAAGAUAAUGAAACUAAAGCAAAAACAACUAGUAGAGUUUGGGAGGAAAUGCAGUUUAUAGUUUAGGGUAGUUUUGGUUCCCUCCCCUCAACCACUGUAUUCUAAAUGUUGAAAAGGCAUUGGCAUGUCUGUGUGGUUUGUUGUAUAGUUUUCCCCUUAAUUUUCUUUGUCUUUGCAGCUACAUGAAAAUAUAGCUGCUGCUAUUUUAUUUUCUCCAGGAAUAAGUUCUGAGCGAAGGGAGUGUAGGAAGCUGCCUCUGAUUAGGUCAGACUAUUUGUACAUCUGUCUUCGAGUAUGUCUAAUCUGACUGGCAAUGGCUCUCUGGGGUUUCAGGCAGAAACCGGCACUUGCUAGCGAAUCCUUUUUAACUGCGGGUUCCUGGGAUUGAAGCUGGGACAUUCUGCAUGCAAACCAGGUGCUUAACCACUGAGCUGUAAUAUAGGAAGGAAGGAAGGUCUUUCCUGCUACCUAGCUGCCAGAGUUUAAGACCCUAAACAUUUUAAGGUUCAUAGAUAGGUGUGUCAUUUUGAAGCUAGGACGGGCUAAAGAGAAUCUGUCUAGACAGCUGCAUUGUCUCAUUUGAGCACUAUGAGAUUAGCUUACUUUCUUUUUUGUUUAAAUAUUAUCCAGGCAUGAGCCCAUAGGUCAUUUUAAAGCAGAAGCAGGGAAAUGAGAGAGAAAGAUAGUGUGGGUGUGGGGUUUGCCUUCUUAGUUAACCCAUGAACAAGUCCUCCAUUAAAUAAUUUCUGUACAGUAUUAGAAUGUAUCUAUAUUUCUUUGUCAAAGUAAGCUGGUGGGGGGAACCAAUAUUUAAAUUUGUUUUGUUUAGCAGCCUACAUGAAAUGUUCUGACAAUAGAUUAACACUUCCCAAAUAUAAAUUGAAUUUUUAAAUUUAAGUUACAUCAAUUUCUCUACUCAAAAAAUAAAAUAAAAAAUGUUUCCUUCUGAUUACCAGAUCAGCAUAAGAAUUGCCAUACAAGUAACUUUGAGAACUGCAGCAAAUUUUAUCAUCCCCAUGUGGAUUCAUAGAGGUCCAGAAAGGGCAAUGACAUGCUUGUGUGUCAAAAUUCUGAUGAUACUAAGUAGUGCUCAACCAUUCAGAUGCACCUGAAGGAAGCAAUCAUAUACACAAGAUGCUGGUGUAAAGCAAGCCUGUGUAAGUCAAGAUGGUGUAAAGUUACACCCAGUCCAAACUUUGUUCAGCAAUGGAGCUACUGCUGAAUGACGAGGCUUAAGCUUGGCAGAGGGGAACCAAUCCUUUAAAUGAGUGUUCUUUUCCAGGUGACAUGACUGAGCUGAAUGGACGUAGUAGGCCUAAGUCCUCCCACUCUGGUCCCACCUCCAGAACACCUGUUUUCUUAUGCUGGUUUAAUGUUUGCCAGGCUAGCUGGGAUGGGGGAGAUACACCAGUAUAUAUCUGGUGGAGCUGAGGUUGGAGGUUUAAGCUGGCAUAGCCUGACUAGCUCAGCUGGAGAUCCACUUACCUAACCCAUCCAUCCCAGUAGAUCUUGCGAUAGAAUUGCUCUCUUAAUCCGAAGUUGACUGGAAAAGGAAGGGAAAGUUCAGCUUCACGAAUAGGCCAUUCAUUGUUAUUUUUUACAUUCAGAAGUUUGCAAUCUUCUGUAGACUCUGUAGGCUAACAAGUGUCAAGUUGAAUUGUUAAAUCUGUUAGCAUUGGUUGCACCUCUUACAAAUUUAGAAGGGAAAGAAAGAACAAUGUAUUUCUCAAGAGGACCACAUGGGAGAAUAUUUUAAUGAAUAUGUUGAACGAAAAUGCUAAGGUACCUAAUGAAGGUCUAACAUUCAGGACUUGUAUUAAAGCUGCACAAACAAGUCGAUUGUAAUCUACUUGCACUGGGCAUUCAAACAAAUACCAAUAAUCUGUAAUUAGUUAUUAAAAAUAAAUCUGUUCAGAUUAUGCUGGUUCAUUAUGGAAGGCAAAGUUGCUUUAUUUUUUAAAUUGUAAAUAUUUCCAGAUUAUAACAUCAAAGCCAAUACUCCCUCUACAGUAGCUUUAAACAAUUGUUCUGUACUCUGCAUGAGAGUGCUAUUUUGCUCAUGUUCUGCUUAUGGACAACAGAGAGAACAGAAUGCAGGACUAGAUAGGCCUUUGGCCUGAUCCAGCAGCCUGAUCCUGCUAGGUUCUUACAUUUAAAAGCAUUCUGUAUCAUCAUCCACAUACUUUGCAUGGUGCAUCCAUGUAAAUCAGGGUGGCGAAUGUUUGGCCGUCCAGAUGUUGCUGGACUGCAAACCCCUGACCAUUGACUAUGCUGGAUGAGGAAGCUGGAGCCUAACAACAUCUCAGUUCCUUACCCCUGAGUUAAAUGCUCUACCAGUUCUUCUUCAUAUAGUGAGAAACUCUUAUUUUCAUCUAGAAUUCUACAGUAAUGGUGGAAACAGGAAGAAUUGUGCUAAACAUCCCCUCCCCUGGUUCUUAGCAGUAUUUCUGACAGUCAUUGAUUUAUAUUUCCUUUUGUUCAUUUCUGUUUCCUUGUUUACAAGGUGAUCUCUUGAUGCUUAGCUUAAAACUAUCAAUUAUUUAGGGAUCAAAAACAAAGAAAGGAUUUCAGCCAUCCGCACCUUCUCAGAAACAUGCAGCCUUUCUAUUUAAUGAAAACACUUCAGUUGACCAGAGCUACUUCAGUUCUUUCUGCGAUAUCUAUCUUAAUCUGUACUGAGAUUGCCUGUGCUACAUAGGAGUAUCUGUGGUCUUUCAGAGAGAGAGAUAUACAUUUACACUUUAGUGUGCUAUAAGACCAAUAUAGUUUGCUGCAUUGAAGUCCCAAGUCUUGGGAUGGGUUUGGGUAUAUGGUUGCGGUGUCUACAGAGCUGGUUUUCUUUUCCUGUGCUUGAGAGGGUGAUGUUUGGCUUGAUAAUGUUUAUAGCUAUGUGUGGGGUGGUUUAUAAUCCUUGGGUGCAUUAGCAGAAAUGUUCCAUUUGUAAAUGCACAGAUAAGUAGUAGAAGGUACUGGACACACCCAAUGAGUGUCAUUGUCCAUCUUAUAUCUGUUAGAAGACUGGCCAACCAAUAAAUGCAAGCAACAUGAUGUGGAGGAAGAAUACAAACUCAAGUUUGUCUUUUCAGGUACAAAACUUGCAGCAUUUAGGAACAAGAGGGUGAUCAGAAGGCUGAAAGAAAAAGAGGGCUUGUAGCAGGAGGGCUCAUGGCAAGUGUAGGCAAGGUGUUUGGAGCAAAUAUGUGUGGAAAAUAAGUUUAUCUGGGAAGCCACUAAGCCAAGUGCAGGUUUUGGGGGCUAUGGCUUUUGCCAACAUUUGUUCCAAUUAAGGAGCAGCAUUAAUAAAUGCAGGCUCAUAGCUUCAUGUUUGCUGAUAUCUAGAUGCUCACCAGCUAAGGUCCCAGGCCUUCAGGGACAGCAGUUUCCAAGGAACCCCAGUUGUGUUAGGAUACAAUGGGAAUUUUGUGGUGCCUAAAUAAUUAAAGGCACUUCAGAUAUCUUCGGUAUGAACAUGGAUCCUAAGAUCUGUGUUACAAGGUGUAUCUGUGAAUUUGAGUGGUCAGAUAAUAGGUCACAAGUACAAAAAGGGCAAGGUAAGAAAAGAAAAGAAAAGAAAAG